CUACUCUCCAAACACCGCACUCGCAAAACCUACAGCGCCAUCGCCAAUACAUCACCAUGGAUCGGUUAACCAGAAUGCUUGCCGCCGCCCAAGGUGGCAUGGGCGGUAUGGGAGGACCCCAAGGCGACACCAACCUGAUCGACAACUCGGAAACUGUCUACAUCUCAUCGCUGGCACUGCUCAAGAUGCUGCGACACGGUCGGGCCGGUGUGCCCAUGGAAGUCAUGGGUCUGAUGCUGGGCGAGUUUGUGGAUGAUUACACAGUACGGGUGGUGGAUGUCUUCGCUAUGCCGCAGUCAGGAACCGGUGUCUCUGUCGAGGCUGUAGACCCCGUCUUCCAAACCAAAAUGAUGGACAUGUUGAGACAAACAGGAAGGCAAGAGACCGUCGUCGGCUGGUACCACUCACAUCCUGGUUUCGGCUGCUGGCUGUCAUCGGUCGAUAUCAACACACAGCAGUCAUUCGAGCAGCUCACACCUCGCGCCGUCGCCGUCGUCGUUGACCCCAUCCAGUCGGUCAAGGGCAAAGUCGUCAUCGAUGCUUUCCGCCUCAUCAACCCCCAGGCUCUCAUGAUGGGCCACGAGCCCCGCCAGACCACCUCCAACGUUGGCCACCUCAACAAGCCAUCGAUCCAGGCGCUUAUCCAUGGCCUGAACCGCCACUACUACUCUAUCGGCAUCAACUACAGAAAGACUGCGUUGGAGGAGAACAUGCUGAUGAACCUUCACAAGCAUGUAUGGACAGAGGCCUUGCUCAUGGACGACUUCAAGGGUGAGGGCGAGCGGAAUACCGACAAGCUGCAGAAGCUCGUCACUCUGGCAGACGGUUACGAGAAGCGUGUCAAGGAGGAAACCGAGUUGACCAAGGAUCAAUUGAAGACACGAUACGUCGGAAAGGUCGAUCCAAAGAAGCACAUCUCGGACGUCGGCCAGCAGCUGAUCGAAGACAACAUCGUCUCCGUCUCACGGCAGAUGAUCGACAAGGAAGCCUCAGUACCCAAGUCCAACUCACGGCAAAACGGCAACGCGUCUAGUGGUGACGACGUGGAGAUGGAGGAGUAGCAUCACAUACCACAGCUCGGACGAGCCCUCUAGACUGGCAUGAGCAGCUAACUAAAUUUGCGCUCAAAGCAGACAUACGAUACAGUAAUGCAUAGAGUAUGAGACAACGAUAUUACACAAACAGCCCCUAUCCGUGGUGAAGCCUAUCUUUGAGUGAUCCAGAAUUGAAUGCUCACGAGGCAGGUACCAACACAAAGAUCUCGUGUUGGAUGGUCAAUCAUGUCAGAGCCAUGAUGUAGCACCAGGGACAAGUCGAGGUCAGCAAUCUUG